UUAAACGUCCUUCGGAAAGCAUCGAUUAGAACGGUUAUCGGUUUUGGAGCGUCGCUCAGUUCGUUAACGUCAUUCGGUCUGGUAGCAUUCACAGUCAACCCGUUCGAUCGGAAAGGAUACAGACAGAGCUUAGUGCUAGUGAAUCACACAUGAAAGUAACCGGUUGUGACCCAGUAAUCACCCCGAGAAACAGUUUGAACGCGAAAUGUCUCUGCAUCCGGUUACCUACAAGGAACCACACAACUCGCCGAUGUCAAUCACCGGUAGUACGCCCAGCGGUGGCACCAUUGCUUCUAAGACACCGUUUUCGAUUGAGGAUAUUCUGUUUCAGAACGGAGCUGCUAAUAAUAACAACAGUAGUAACACCAACUUCAACGUAAAACCUGUAGGAGAUUCUAAAAUUCAUGGAUCAUCGCCCGGUGCACAAGUGAUUGAUAGUGGAGGUAGUAAUAGUAGCAAUACUUCUGUAGACUCCUGCCCUGGAACUAGGAAAGUUCCGCAGUUUAGUAAUAGUAGCAGGAUCGUGAAUGGUUACAAUAAUAGUGUAGGUGAUAACGGCGUAAUUAAUAGUACUAGUAAUAACAAUGGUGGCAAUAGGAAGAAUGUGAAUUGUGUGAUUGGCAGCAGUGAAGAGGAUUAUCGGAAAUCUUUGCAGGCGGAGAGAUAUAACAAAAUAGCCCACAGUCAGAAUGGUCACCCGAACGGAAGCUCAUCGGGGACAGCUGGUCCACACUUCGGCAGCCCCAAUCCGAGUGUUAUCUAUUCGGGUAACCCCUACGGCGACCCGGGAUACCUACAGAUGGCACUGGGAGCGUACCUAGCACCAUCUGCCAGCGGCUACAAGACAGUCGACCCGUACUUUCUCUCGCAGGCGGGACUAUUUGCCGGGUCUCCUUUGUUUCCUGGUGGUGGCUGUCCGGACAUAGCGCUCGGACUGGGCAUGGGUAUGAGUGCUUUGCGACACUGCCGCAGACGGAAGGCUCGAACCGUUUUCAGCGACCCCCAGUUGACAGGACUGGAGAAAAGGUUCGAAGCUCAGAGGUACUUAUCGACACCUGAACGAGUGGAAUUGGCCUCAGCGCUGGGUCUCAGUGAGACCCAAGUGAAAACCUGGUUUCAGAAUCGCCGGAUGAAACACAAAAAGCAAUUACGUCGACGGGAGGUCAGCAAUACUGAACCGGUGGACUUCUCCCGCAAUGACUCUGGUGGUGGUGGCUCCGGGACGAUUACCUCAGGACCAAAUAACCCGGGAUCUGGAAGUUCAGCUCAGUCGCAUUCGACAGCCGCCGGCUCAUCGGCGACUCGACCAAGUGCCGUCGCCGGUGGAGCUGGGGCCGAGAAAAGCUCAUUUGCGAUGUAUGGCAGCAAUGGUCAGAAGCAGUUAAACGGUGCUAAAGGCUUGGUACUAGGUCCACCAAUAGGUGGGAUUCUCAAGGGAUUACACCACAGUUCGACCAAUUCGUCGUUCAGUCUGGUUCGACGAUCGAUGCUUGAUCAUUCCGGAGAUACUCUUAGUGAUGAUGACGAUGAGUAUGUGAAUGAUUCCGACGACGAUUGCAGUGAUGUAGACAUUCUAGGAGAUGAAAAAGGUUACAUGACGUAGGUGGUGUCAAUUCAGGCCAGUUUUAACAGUAGGAAAUCUAGUCAGGUAGUUGCAGGUAAAGUUCGUUAAAUUCGAACUGUACUGGUCAACAUAAAUCCAAAUUGUACAAAUUCUGUUGUUUCCCGAGUAACUUAUUUAAUAUGUAUCAAAUUACCAGUGAAACAUGCUGUACAUAAACUCGAUUCAUAAUUCUAAAAUAAACCUGUAACUAGA